CUCUUCAUCGCAUCUUAAAUGUUUAAUGACUAACAACAGGCCUAACAGAAGUCUGCAGGAAACAUGGCGUUCCCGGUGCGUAAGAUCUCGGACGAUGCCAUCUAAAAGCGGCUAACGCUUUUAUUCGCAUGUAUUGGCCUUACUUACGCAAACACACCAAAAAGCAGCAUGUUGCAAUAUAAGGCGCUACCAGUCGCGCGCUACGGCGUUGGCUUCAGCCCACACAGGUGGAGUUCGCCCCGCCUAGUCCGAGCGCGCAAACACCACACGCUCAAUGCCAACUGUCGGCACCGCCUCAGGAUCUACAGAUCGAUCCCGACACUGCAGAGCAGCCGAAACAUCGUACUCGUGGCCAGGGUACUCCGAGGCGUGCUAAAGAUCCGCUACAUCAUCCUAGGUUCCGCUGUCGGCGGCGGCGUCCAGCUGUCCAAGAAGUACGAGGAGUGGAAGGACAACCUUCCCGAUUUCCCCGACUUCGGCUGGGUCAAGGACAAGAUGCCGUCCCCCGAAAGCAUCGACAAAUUCCGGGCGUCUCUGAUAGAGAUGAAGGACAAGCUCGCCCUGUCCGAAAAGUUUCGGUCCGGCGCGGACGCUGCCGCGACGGGUUUCGCGAGUGUGAGCGAGUGGCUGCGAACCGUCAAGUUCGAAAGCUCGCCCAGCGUGAACGGGACGGGAUUCGACGACUUCGCGACCGCGAUGGCCGUCGCUCCGCUGUUCUCCUCUCAGGAAGACGCUAGGCGGGAAAACGAACGCGAACGGAUGCAGAAGCUUCAGGACGAACUCAUCCACGUCCAGAUGAAGUAUCAAAAGGAGAUUGAGCGCCUCGAGAAGGAGAACAAGGAGCUGCGGCGCCAGAUUAUGCUCAAGACAGAGAAGGCCGUGAGCAGGCGCAAGAUCAAGAAGUCUCUCAUCGAUCUCUACUCCGAGGUUCUCGACGAGCUGUGCGAUUACGACUCGAGCUACAACGUCCAGGACCAUUUGCCAAGGGUGGUUGUGGUUGGAGACCAGAGUGCCGGGAAGACCAGCGUCCUCGAGAUGGUUGCCCAGGCCCGCAUCUUCCCCAGGGGUGCGGGGGAGAUGAUGACCAGAGCACCCGUCAAGGUCACACUCAGCGAAGGGCCCUACCACAUUGCCAAGUUCAAGGACAGCUCGAGGGAGUUCGAUUUGACCAAGGAGACCGAGCUCUCUGACUUGCGGCGGGAAGUGGAGCUGCGGAUGAAGAACAGCGUGCGGGGAGGCAAGACCGUCAGCAACGACGUCAUCUCGAUGACGGUCAAGGGUCCAGGACUGCAGAGGAUGGUCCUGGUGGACCUGCCGGGCAUCAUCAGCACCGCGACGACGGAAAUGGCCGAGGGGACCAAGGACGCCAUCCGGGAAAUGACCAGCGCGUACAUGAACAAUCCGAACGCCAUCAUCCUCUGCAUUCAAGACGGUUCGGUCGAUGCUGAGAGGAGCAUUGUCACCGACCUAGUCAGUCAGGUGGACCCCAACGGCCGGAGGACCAUUUUCGUGCUCACGAAGGUCGACUUGGCCGAACAGAACAUGGCAAAUCCGACACGGAUCCGCAAGAUCCUCGAUGGCAAGCUGUUCCCGAUGAAGGCCCUCGGUUACUUUGCUGUGGUGACUGGCAGGGGAAGCAACGACGACAGUAUCACUGCCAUUAAGGCCUAUGAAGAAAUGUUCUUCCGCAACUCCCGUCUCUGCCGCGACGGUAUUUUGAACAUGUCGCAGUGCACGACGCAGAGCCUGAGCUUUGCUGUCUCGGAUUGCUUCUGGAAGAUGGUCCGCGAGUCCGUGGAACAGCAGGCAGACGCCUUCAAGGCGCAGCGGUUCAACCUGGAGACGGAGUGGAAGAACAGUUUCCCGCGAAUGCGUGAGCUAGACCGUGAUGAACUCUUUGAACGCUCUCGUGGCGAGCUGCUCGAUGAAGUGGUCAAUCUGAGCCAACUCAGUCCCAAGCACUGGGAGGAGGUUCUGUCCAAAAACCUCUGGGGUGACAUGUCCAGCUAUGUAAUAGACAGCAUCUUCCUUCCGGCAGCACAGACUGGCAACGCCGGAAACUUCAACACCGCGGUGGAUAUCCGUUUGAAGCUCUGGGCGGAGAAGCUUCUGCCGUCGCAGUCUGUGGACGUUGGCUGGCGCACGCUUCGAGACGAGUUCCACGGCCUGCUACAAAAGCGCAAGGCCUCGAAGGAUCACGAUCCACUCUUCGACCAACUCAUGCUGGCAGUCGUUCAGGAAGUCAUCGACCGUCAUGAAUGGGAGGACAAGGCCGUUGACAUGUUGCGGCUGAUCCAGCUCAACGCCCUUGAAGAUCGCGUGGUCCAUGACAAGCACCAGUGGGAUCAGGCGGUCCGCUUCCUCGAAAGCGCUCUUCACGACCGUCUGCAUGCAGCAGAAGCCAGGAUCCAGGACAUGGUGGGACCGGGAGUUCGCGACCAGUGGCUCUACUGGAUGUCUCCGACAGAGGAGCAGAAGCACCGCGCUGUUGUACGUUCGGAGCUGGAGCGUCUGCUGAGCACAGAGUUCCUCCAGAAGCACGGUCCGUCGCUGACCCAAGAGGAACUGACAACGGUCCGCAAGAAUCUCCAGGCACGGGAUGUGGACGUGGACUACAAGUUCAUCCGCGACACUUGGGAGCCGCUGUACCGUCUGCAUUUCCUUCGCCGCUCUCUAGCCAAGGCCAAUGACUGUCGCAAGGGUUAUUACCUCUACCACCAGGGGCUGGACUCGGAGCUGGAGUGCCACGACGUGGUCCUCUUUUGGCGGGUUCAGCGUAUCAUGCACACAACGGCCAACGUCCUCCGCCAACAGGUCAUGAACCGAGAGGCCCGGAGGCUAGAGAAGGGCGUCAAGGAGGUAUUGGACGAUUUUUCCCAGGACUCCGAGAAGAAGGUGCAGUUGCUGACUGGUCGUAGGGUGGAGCUUGCUGAAGAGCUAAAGAAGGUCAGGCAGAUCCAGGAAAAGCUAGAGGAGUUUGUUGGUGCGCUAAAUGCUGAGAAGUGAGCUUGUCCUUGCCUCUUUAGAAUUUUGGGCUUUGCCUUGUUGAUGAGCUCGUUUCUUUUUUUUUUUUUUUAAUUCUGUGGGAUGGUGGUGUGUUUGCCAUCAGGGAGAAGUGUUAAUUCUUUCAUAAGGCCUAACAUUCAGGUACUUGGAAAGAGCUGUGGUCCCAUAACAGCAAUGUUAAAAAGCCUUUAUUCUUCCCAAGGGGAGAUGCAGCUUGAACAAAUAUAUCGCUGCAAAAACACCGUGUCUGCUAAGUUUAGGAUUUGCCUUUAGCCGGGCUAUUUUCAAAGAAGUUUGCAAAUUUCUUAUUUGAAUGCUUUAACAGAGGUUAGUUUUCAUUACCAACUAGUCUGUUUUGGUAGCAUAAUUAUUGGUAGCAUAAUUACCUUUAUUAGAUAGGUUUUGAAGAACAGGUCAAUUUUGGAAGUGGUUCACUAUCUAACCUUUUUGCAAUUCCUGUUGCCAUCAUUUUGUUCCUUUCGCUAAAAUAUUCCAAAGCAUAUGAAAAUUUAGUACUUUGCAAUGAAGUUACUGCUAUUACUCACUUCCAGAGAGUCAAUUUUUUUUAAUGGCAGUUUUUUAUGUCUAUGACAUGGAAUUUAAGAUUCAGCACAGCUAAACUUAGCUGUACUCACCUUAUAUAGCAGCUGUUUUAACUGUGCCAUGCAUGCCAGAUUAGAUAGUACAAUGCAAAUUUUGUAAGGAGUCAAUUAAAUUAAGCGGGAAAUGUCUUACACCUGUCCUUGAUAUUGCCUUUUGAACUUUUUGUUGCUGUACAUUACUGCAACUGCAUAUCUAGCACAUACAUUGUAGAUAGCUUGCUGUACAUAGAUAGGUGCUUAAGAGUACUGUGAAUUGCAUGUGUGGCCCUUGCACUGCAGGAUUGAUAAUAAGUUAACAAUUUAUUUCUUCGCUGCAGGCAAUAAACUUUUGGCUCGUGGA